AUGUCGUUUACCCCCACUGAGACCGUCAGCUUUAACCUGACCCCGAUUGAACAGAAUGGCACCAGACAGUAUAAACGAGUUGCUAUUGUUCUUCCGUUACUUCUAUCAACAAACGAUUCCCCCCGGGAGAGUUCCAUCAUCCAGGAGAGGACGCUGAGAGCGUUCCUCGACACCCUUUCGGCGUGGCCAUUUCUCUGGCGCAGUGUUAGAAUCUCGGGAGAAAGGAAGCUCGUAAUGCUGGGCACACCAAGUACGUAUAGCGAUUCACAAUCUGAGCUGCGUAACGCCCCUACGCCUCCCAGCAACCAGCCUGAAGGGCAAGAAUUCUUUUCUCAACUGUAUCUCAAUUCUUUGAGCGCCGGUUUCUUUCGCUCGGAGAGUGAGUUGAAUCUCGUCUCAGGGGUGCCACCGGUGAUGAUGAAGGUUUCUUUUCUAGAUACCCUCCUUGUGCUUGGGUUCUCUUUCUACGAAGCCGUCGUCGACGGUGAGUUCAUCAGCCGCUUCUUUUCUUGGAUGAUUGAUGCUACUUGGAUGUUCGACUCUACCCACAUCACCGCGGCCAGUCGAAUGGCAUUUGUCCAUCGAAGGCCUAUUGAGGCUGUCCGACCAGCCGACAUCAACCGAAAUAUGUUCUCCUUUUACGAUUGGAGCAAAAGGCCACCUCCCCAAUACACACCAAAGGACAGGCUGGUUUGUCGGCUUAUUGAGUUCAAAAAGGCCAAUAUGCUGGACUUUAUGGGCCGCAUCCGACGAGCGGUAGGCAGCUCCGUUUUUGGGGUCAGGGUCAAGGACGAGGACUAUAUUGUUGCCAUCAUAUGGGCUACAAUCAUACAUGCACGGCUUAUGAUGGACAGAAUCAAGUUGCGGCACAACGCAAGGCUCAAUAUCCUGCUCCCUGGAGAGCCGCACGCACGGCGAGCAGGAGAGCACGACUUCUGCUACUUUGGCAACUCGACGGUGCCCACUGUGGCCGAGCUCGGCGUCUCCCGCAUGCUUUUUCCAGAUAGAUAUAUUAUCGACCACAACUUCCAGUACCAGUCCAACUGUCAUUACAGCAUCAGAGGCCUAUCCGAGGCUGCUGGGGCAAUUCGCUGGGCGAUCAACAAGGUAGACCACAACUACGUCCGGCAUCUCAUGGGCCUCAAAGACACUCUGCAGCCGAGCACCGAUUGGGCGGCAUACGAACGGGGCAUCGACCGACACACGACCGGCACGGUAUUCGAGGACUGGAGUGGCUACUUCAACAAUCAGGCGAUAGGACUGCCAUACAGUAUGGGCAGGGCGGUGCGGAUGCUGCCGUGCGCGGAUGACAAGGAGGAGGGCAAGAUUGUGUUGCUGCCAACGCUGGGAGGCCUGGAUGCCUCGGGAAACGAGAUUGGCUGGACGGCGUGGGUUUGUCUGGACGUUGAAGUGAUGCCGAUUGUGCUUAGGGAGCUGGAUAUACAAGGUUGGACCACAGGGGGGGCUGCUGCGAAUAUGAAUACGAUGGAAAGCUGGUAA